GCAAGGACGCCAGCGAGGGCUGGGGAUUGGCUCGCCCAGCCCCACCCCUCGGCGGCGGGAGUCCGAGCGUGCACGCGGGCGCGGGCCGCGGUCGGGGCAGCCCCGGGCUCCGGUUCUCGCCGCACCGCCUGCAGCCGCGGAGGGGCCCCGGGCCAGGCGCGGCGACAUGUUGGCCGUGCACUUUGAUCAGCCUGGUGGCGCAGAAAACCUCUACCUGAAGGAAGUGGACAAGCCGAGCCCGGGCGACGGGGAAGUCCUGCUGAAGGUGGCGGCCAGCGCCCUGAACCGGGCCGACAUUCUCCAGAGGCAAGGUGGCUAUCCCCCACCCCCAGGAGCCAGCAGCAUUUUGGGACUCGAGGCAUCUGGACAUGUGGCAGAGCUGGGGCCUGGCUGCCGGGGGAAUUGGAAGAUCGGCGACUCGGCUAUGGCUCUGCUGUCUGGUGGGGGCCAGGCUCAGUAUGUCACUGUCCCGGAAGAGCUCCUCAUGCCCAUCCCAGAAGGACUGACCUUGCUGCAGGCUGCAGCCAUUCCUGAGGCCUGGCUCACCGCCUUCCAGCUGUUACACCUCGUGGGGAACGUUCAGGCUGGAGACACCGUGCUGAUCCAUGCAGGAUCGAGUGGUGUGGGCACAGCUGCCAUCCAACUUGCCUGGAUGGCGGGAGCCAUCCCUCUGGUCACAGCUGGCUCCCAACAAAAGCUUCAGAUGGCAGAAAAGCUUGGAGCAGCUGCCGGCUUCAAUUACAAAGAGGAGGAUUUUUCUGAAGCAGCCCUGAAAUUCACCCAAGGUGCUGGAGUAAACCUUAUUCUAGACUGCAUAGGCAGCCCCUACUGGGAGAAGAAUGUCCACUGCCUGGCUGUUGAUGGGCGCUGGAUUCUCUAUGGCCUGAUGGGAGGAGCCAACAUCAACGGGCCGCUGUUUUCAAAGCUACUUUCUAAACGAGGAAGUCUGAUUGCUAGUUUGCUGAGGUCCAGGAACAAAAAGUACAAGCAGAUGCUGGUGAGAGCUUUCACGGAGCAAGCUCUGCCCCACUUCUCCACGGAGGGCCCCCAGCGUCUACUGCCGGUUCUGGACAGAGUCUACCCCGUGACUGAAAUCCAGGAGGCCCAUAAGUACAUGGAAGCUAACAAGAACGUGGGCAAAAUCGUCCUGGAGCUGCCUCACUGAGCAGGACGCGGCCACCUCAGGCCUUCCCAGAGCAAACUUUGAGAAAAUUCGGUUUACAGUCGAGACUGAACCCGGGUUAAUCCUCCGCCUGCAGCGCCGGCAUCCCAUAUAGGCACCGGCUUCUAGUCCCGGUUGCUCCUCUUCCAGUCCAGCUCUGCUGUGGCCCUGGAGUGCAGUGGAGGAUGGCCCAAGUGCUUGGGCCCUGCACCCCAUGGGAGACCAGGAGGAGCACCUGGCUCCUGCCUUCGGAUCAGCGCAGCUCCGACCUUAGCGGCCAUUUGGGGGGUGAACCAACGGAAGGAAGAUCUUUUUCUCUCUCUCACUGUCUGUCAAAUAAAAAAAUUUAAAAAAAAAAAAAA